CUUUUACGGUAUUAACCAAUUUUUGUUAUAAUAAAUAGCCUGCAUUAAACAUGUAAUUUUCAUUCUAACAUUUGAGUUUCAUGAUUGAGAAUACAACUGUACAUGUGUACAAGUGCCAGUGUGCAGUUUAUACCUAUUGUGGAAAGAGAACAACUUGUUGAAAUAUAAAAUAAUUUCAAUUCAUAAUUUUUAAGAAUGUCUGCUGGAAAAAUACUUGUUUAUGGGGGGAGAGGUGCUCUUGGUGCCGCUUGUGUUAAUCACUUCAAGGCUAAAAAUUUUUGGGUCGGCAGCAUUGAUUUAACAGAAAAUGAGCAGGCAGAUUUAAGUAUAGUGGUGCCUAAAGAUGGAGACUGGGUAACACAAGAGACUUACGUAGUAAGUAAAGUUGGAGACGCUUUGAAUGGUGAAAAAUUGGAUGCUGUAAUAUGUGUUGCCGGAGGUUGGGCUGGAGGAAAUGCAAAAAAAGAUUUAGCAAAAAAUUCGGAUUUGAUGUGGCGACAAUCAGUUUGGACUUCUUCAAUAUCCGCAGCUGUUGGAGCACGAUAUUUACGUGAUGGCGGGUUGUUGGCUUUGACUGGGGCAAAUCCAGCUUUGAAGGGUACUCCGGGGAUGAUCGGGUACGGAAUGGCAAAAGCAGCCGUACAUCAGCUUACCAAAUCUUUGGCUGGCAAUGAAUCUGGUUUACCUAAAGAUUCUGUGGUCGUUGCGAUAUUACCCAUAACGCUUGAUACUCCGAUGAAUCGAAAAUGGAUGCCUGAAGCUGAUUACACUUCUUGGACUCCUUUAUCUUAUGUUGCUGAUUUGCUAAUGUCUUGGACUGUAAAUGAAAAACGUCCUUCAAAUGGUUCAUUAAUACAACUUGUUACAAAAAAUUCGAAUACAACAUUGAAAGUUACAGAAUGAAAAUAAAACUCCCUUCCACAACUUCAUUGGACUGGAUAAUCUCGAAAGCUUUAUUUUUUUUAACAAUUUAUUUACGGUGCUUUUUGGUUGUAUGUGUUAAGUGGUUUUUUUUAUGGAGAAAUUAGUUGUGGAAAAUUUUUUUUGUUUUGAAUGACAAUAAAUUGAAGAGAAAAAUAAAUUUUAUUUUAAAAAAAAA